CUUAUAGUUCAAAGUUCAGAAACAAUAAGGAGAACUCAUAUAUAGAAUAAGGUUCAAAUGGCGAACUUACAAAUAGUUCCGGCUUGCAAGAAUGUGGAAGCACAAUAUGUGGAGUUGAAGGUACCUUUAUAUUCUUAUGGGUGUGAGAAGAAAGUUAAGAAGACCUUAUCCCAUCUUAAAGGUAUAUACUCAGUAAAUGUGGAUUAUGAGCAACAGAAGGUUAUAGUGUGGGGUAUAUGCAACAAAUAUGAUGUUUUGGAAACAAUGAGAAGUAAGAGAAAAGAAACACGUUUUUGGAAUGAAGAAAAUAACUUUGUAAUGGAAAAAUCUGAAUCACCUUCACUACCUCCUCCGAAGAAUUCGAAGCCUUAUCUGACUCUAAUUAGGGCUCAGUCUUUCAAAUGGAAAGCAUUUAAAAAGGUCUUCAAAAGAUCUAAUUCCUUAUGAAGAAUUUUGAAUUUAGAAGUAAGAAUUAAUGCGUGUAAAUUUGACAACAUAUU